AAAAACUCAAAAUUCGAAAACAAAAACAAACUGUCAUAUUUUGAAUAUAAACUGUUGAAAAAUGUGCGUUUGCAUAAUUAAAAGCGAAUUUGUCACAAAAUUCUGCGUGGCAGCAGCUCAAAGACCAGUUCUCUCUCUCCCUCCCUCUCUCUCUUUCUCUCGCUCUCGCUCUCUGUCUAAUUGGAAUUUGUGAAAAUUACGCACAUCAACUUGGGCAAAGCAAUUGCAAUUGGCCCGAACAGGAAAGCACUUGAACCCGGGCCCCGGGCCCGAUAAGAAGAGUUGUUCUGAUACGAGAUCGACUUUAAAACAAGAUUUUACGACUUGUUUGUUGUCAUAAUAACAAGCUACCGCAGCAGCAGACGACAUCGUCAUCAACGUGAUCAUCGUGACGAAGAGCGGCUCCAGAUGCUGACUGGGCCGGGUCUGAUCUCUCUCAGCGCGCAGCGGCUCAGCGGCUCAGACAGAUAACCGGCAAAGAAAUUGUUAUAAAAUAUCACGACAUCGUCAGAAUGGAUUUAAACCGAGGCGAACGCUUGAGCCGAGCACAACCAAAAUACGCAAACUCGUGAAGUGAAUCAUACGUGACAAUAACAACAACAACAACAGAAACAACAACAAAAACAUUAUCAACAAGUGACAACAAGUGACAACAAGAAAAUGGGAAGAUUGAGUGUCAGUGUGCUGGGCCUGCUCGUAAUUGUGCUGUGCCUGCCGGAGUUGAGCGCCGGCUAUGCCAUUGGCCAGGCCAAGUUUGGCAACAUCGAAAAGUUCCCCUACCAAGUGAUGCUCAUCGGCAAGCAGCUGUGGCGCAAACGCAUCCUCUGCGGCGGCACAUUGCUGGACAAGCGCUGGGUAUUGACCGCCGGCCACUGCACCAUGGGCGUCACACAUUUCGAUGUCUAUCUGGGCACCAGGAGCGUCGACGCCACCGAGCAGCUGGGCGGCCUGGUGUUGCGCUCGAAUAAGUUUAUAGUGCACGAACGCUUCAAUCCGGAGACGGCAGCGAAUGACAUAGCGCUGGUCAAGCUGCCGCAGGAGGUGACAUUCACGUCGCGUAUACGGCCGGCGGCGCUGCCCGGCAGCAGGCAGCGUCUGGAGCCGUUUACGGGCAUGAGCGUGGUGGCCAGCGGCUGGGGCGCCAUGGUCGAGAUGACCAACUCGGAUGCGAUGCAGUACACCGAGCUGAAGGUGAUCUCCAAUGCCGAAUGCGCCGAGGAGUACGAUGUCGUCACAGCGGGCGUGCUCUGCGCCAAGGGCCUCAAGGAUGAGACCGUCUGCACCGGCGACUCCGGCGGCCCGCUCGUGCUCAAGGGCACGCACACAUUGGUGGGCAUCACGAGCUUCGGACCCGCCGACGGCGAGGCUGGCGGCGGCUGCGAACGCACCAGCAUUCCCGGCGGAUUCACCCGCGUCACCCACUACCUGGACUGGAUCGAGAGCAAAAUUGGCAGCCACACGCAGGCACAGCCUCACCAGCAUCCUCACCAGCAACCACAGCAGCAGCACGUUUAUCGGGAUGAUAAUCUCAUUUAGACUGUGCUUUUGCGAUCUGAACUUUGACUGAAUCGUCUAGCUUUAUAAUUUAUAUACGUGUGAUAUUUUGUAAAUACUCCCCCCUACCCUGCCCUACCCUACCCCUCACCCGCACUUAGCUAAUUUCCAAAUUGUGCAUGAAUUUGUUGUCUUAGUUUAUAACUAUUUAAAUAUCUAUUAUUUAUUUUAAUUGUAAGUCCAAAGUUGAGCCAAAAAGAAAAAGAA